CGCAAACACUACCUCUUAACCUCACGAACAUUGGCCCCUCCUCCCAUCCGUAGGAUCCUCCCUUCGUCUUCUCCUCCCUCCCCAGCUUCCAAACACGUCUUCCCCGCCCCCUUUUCUAUUUCUGAACAGGCAUGUUCCAGGCAGCUUACCCGACUCCUUAGAUUGCUAUGGGAUUGGUAGGGUCCUGAGCGUCGGAGAAGUAGGAAGGCAUAUCCCAAGAAGGGCUGCUGAGACUCACAAGAAGAAUUGAGCCCUCCUGGGAUUUUUUUUUUUUUUUUUUUUGGUGGGGGCGUCUCGCUUUUGCGGAGGGAAGGCGAGGAGGCUGGGCGGCCCGGUCCAACUAGAGGCAGUGUGAAGGCCCCCUCAGGCGGCGCCGAGGGCAGCCCCUAAGCCGGGGCCUGGCUCAGCCGCCGCGGCCGCUGUCAGGGAAGCGCAGGCGGCCAAUGGAACCCGGGAGCGGCCGCUGCUGCUGAGGCGGCGGUGUCGGCAGCCCGACCCCGACCGCCCGCACCCCCUCCGUGGGGGGGGGGGUCCCCAGGAGGAUCAGCUAAACCUUAAACUAAGAAGAAAAUAUGUUGAGAGGAUGGACAGGGGGAGGGGAAAGCCUCAGCUGUUUCACUCAGGCUUUUCUGGACAGAAGUGUGUUUCUGAAGGAUGGACUUGGAAGCUCGAAGUCUGGCUGUGGCCAUGGGAGACAUGGUGGUGGAACCUGCCCCCCUGAAGCCAACUUCUGAGCCCACUCCUAGCCCGCCAGGGAAUAAUGGGGGUUCCUUGCUAGGCGUCAUCACAGAGGGGGUCGGGGAACUAUCAGUGAUUGACCCUGAGGUGGCCCAGAAGGCCUGCCAGGAGGUGCUGGAGCAAGUCAAGCUUUUGCAUGGAGGCGUGGCCAUAUCUAACACAGAUACCCCACUGGAGUUGGUCAAUGGGGAUGUUUUGGACAAUGCGAUCCGUUGCCUGGACGAUCCACCUGCCCAGAUAAGGGAGGAGGAAGAUGAAAUGGGGGCCACUGUGGCCUCAAGCACAGCCAAGGGAGCAAGGAGACGGCGGCAGAACAACUCUGCCAAACAGUCCUGGCUGCUGAGGCUAUUUGAGUCAAAACUAUUUGACAUCUCCAUGGCCAUUUCAUACCUGUACAACUCCAAGGAGCCUGGAGUACAAGCCUACAUUGGCAACCGGCUCUUCUGCUUUCGCAAUGAGGAUGUGGAUUUCUAUCUGCCCCAGUUGCUUAACAUGUACAUCCACAUGGAUGAGGACGUGGGUGACGCCAUCAAGCCCUACAUAGUCCAUCGCUGCCGCCAGAGCAUUAACUUUUCCCUCCAGUGUGCCCUGUUGCUUGGGGCCUACUCUUCAGACAUGCACAUUUCCACUCAGCGACACUCCCGUGGGACCAAGCUCCGGAAGCUGAUCCUCUCAGAUGAGCUGAAGCCAGCUCACCGGAAGAGGGAGCUGCCCUCCUUGAGCCCAGCCCCUGACAUGGGGCUGUCUCCCUCUAAGAGGACUCACCAGCGCUCUAAGUCCGAUGCCACCGCCAGCAUAAGUCUCAGCAGCAACCUGAAACGAACAGCCAGCAACCCUAAAGUGGAAAAUGAGGAUGAGGAGCUCUCCUCCAGCACCGAGAGUAUUGAUAAUUCAUUCAGUUCCCCCGUCAGACUGGCUCCUGAGCGAGAAUUCAUCAAGUCUCUGAUGGCGAUUGGCAAGCGGCUGGCCACGCUCCCCACCAAGGAGCAGAAAACACAGCGGCUGAUCUCAGAGCUCUCCCUACUCAACCAUAAGCUCCCUGCCCGAGUCUGGCUGCCCACUGCCGGCUUUGACCACCACGUGGUCCGUGUGCCCCACACCCAGGCUGUUGUCCUCAACUCCAAGGACAAGGCUCCCUACCUGAUCUAUGUGGAAGUCCUUGAAUGUGAAAACUUUGACACCACCACCGUCCCCGCCCGGAUACCUGAGAACCGAAUUCGGAGCACGCGGUCGGUGGAGAACCUGCCCGAAUGUGGUAUCACUCAUGAGCAGCGGGCAGGCAGCUUCAGCACUGUCCCCAACUAUGACAACGAUGACGAGGCCUGGUCGGUGGAUGACAUCGGCGAGCUGCAGGUGGAGCUCCCUGAAGUGCACACCAACAGCUGUGACAACAUUUCCCAGUUCUCUGUGGACAGCAUCACCAGCCAGGAGAGCAAGGAGCCUGUGUUCAUAGCAGCAGGGGACAUCCGACGGAGGCUCUCGGAGCAGCUGGCUCACACCCCCACAGCCUUCAGACGAGACCCGGAAGACCCUUCUGCUGUUGCUCUCAAAGAGCCCUGGCAGGAGAAAGUAAGGCGAAUCAGAGAGGGCUCCCCCUAUGGCCACCUCCCCAACUGGCGGCUCCUGUCAGUCAUCGUCAAGUGUGGGGAUGAUCUUCGCCAGGAGCUCCUGGCCUUCCAGGUGUUGAAGCAACUGCAGUCCAUUUGGGAACAGGAGCGAGUGCCCCUAUGGAUCAAGCCAUACAAGAUCCUUGUGAUUUCUGCUGACAGUGGCAUGAUUGAACCUGUGGUCAACGCUGUGUCCAUUCACCAGGUGAAGAAGCAGUCCCAGCUCUCCUUGCUCGAUUACUUCCUGCAGGAGCACGGCAGUUACACCACUGAGGCAUUCCUCAGUGCACAGCGCAAUUUUGUACAAAGUUGUGCUGGCUAUUGCUUGGUCUGCUACCUACUGCAAGUGAAGGACAGACACAAUGGAAACAUCCUUUUGGAUGCAGAAGGCCACAUCAUCCACAUCGACUUUGGCUUCAUCCUGUCCAGCUCACCCCGAAACCUGGGCUUUGAGACAUCAGCCUUUAAGCUGACCACAGAGUUUGUGGACGUGAUGGGGGGCCUGGAUGGCGACAUGUUCAACUACUACAAGAUGUUGAUGCUGCAGGGGCUGAUCGCUGCUCGGAAGCACAUGGAUAAAGUGGUGCAGAUCGUGGAGAUCAUGCAGCAGGGUUCUCAGCUUCCUUGCUUUCAUGGCUCCAGCACCAUCCGCAACCUCAAAGAGCGGUUCCACAUGAGCAUGACUGAGGAGCAGCUCCAGCUGCUGGUGGAGCAGAUGGUGGAUGGCAGCAUGCGCUCUAUCACCACCAAACUCUAUGACGGCUUCCAGUACCUCACCAACGGCAUCAUGUGACACCCUCCUCCUCAGGCCCAGGAGUGGUGGGGGAUUCAGGGUACCCUCCCUGGGAGGGCCCUUGUCUGAGAAACCCCAAACCAGGAAACCCCACCCAAGGGCAAUGGAAGGCAAGAAAUACAGAGGAUCAUGUGGUAACUGUAAAGCUUGCAGGGGGGUGGUGGUGGGAGAGCCAGCUGUGGGGCCAACUUGCCGGGCCUUCCCUGCCCCCAGUGGUGUCAUUGUCACCAUCUGAUAAGACUGCGGGACUCACCGCCCUCCAGAGAACGGAGGUGAUAGAUGUGAGGGGCACUGGGGCCUGCCUUCUCACCAGGGUCCAAGAGGUUCUUUCCACAGGCCAUCCUUCCCCUGUUCUGGGUCCCAUGAGUAGGGGGAGGGGGAAGAGUAGGUUCUUGGUACUUGGGAUUUGAUCCUGUGGUUGGCCUCUGGCCAUGCUGCUGCCCAGCUCUAUCUCCUCCCAGCGACUGGCCUAGGCCGAGUUCCCUUGUUAGGUGGGCUCUGGCGUAGGGUCCUACACCUAUAGAGGUUCCCCAUCCCAGGGGCGGGGAAGGGAAGGAUCACGACCCCUCCAGUGGAUGAGGCUGUAGGCCUGGUCACAGGGAAUUCCUUGGCCUGAUCCCUUUCCCACACCCAGGGAAAUAGCUCUCAACUUUUUAUUUUUAAUUUUUGUUUGAAAUAAAGUCCUUAGUUAGCCAUC